AUGGGGCUGUACUACUGCGGCCUGCGGGCCACCAGCGCCGCCUACGCCGUCAACUUCCUCUACCUCAUCCCCAUCGCUACCUUCAUCAUCGCCGUUGCGCUCCGAGCCGAGCGCCUCUCCCUCGUCGCUUGGGCCAGUAGGAUGAAGCUCCUCGGAGCUGUCGUGGGCGUGGCCGGCACCAUGGUCGUCACCCUCUGCAAGGGCACCCAUCUCCUGCUGCCGCACCUCCGGCAGUCCUCCCACGCCAACCCCGACGUCGCCUCGCCCCACGGCGGCCGCGACAUGGCCGUCGGCACGCUGUUCCUGUACGGGAGCUGCGUCAGCUACGCGCUCUGGUUCGUCGUGCAGGCCAAGGUCACCAAGGUGUUCCCGUCCCGGUACUGGGCCACGGCGCUCACGUGCGCCGCGGGCAGCCUGCAGUCUGCCGUGGCCGCGGCCAUGGCGGUCGUCCUCGCCCCUGCCGGCGACGGACAUGGAUGGGCGCGCACGUGGACGCUGCGCUGGGACCUGCAGCUGGCCACGGUGGUCUACUCCGGGGUGUUCAACACAGGCGUCACGUUCGUGCUCGUGUCGUGGGCGGUGGAGCGCCGCGGCCCGGUGUACCCUCCCAUGUUCAACUCCCUGUCGCUCGUCGCCACCACCGCCGUCGACGCCGUCAUGCUCGGAACCGACGUCUACCUCGGCGGCGUGAUGGGAGCGGCGCUCGUCGUCGUCGGCCUCUAUGCGUUUCUGUGGGGCAAAAGCAAGGAGCUCGCGGCCGCCAAAGCGGUCAACGCCGAGCAGGAGCUGCGGUGUGCAGGAGACACCGACGAUGGCAUUGCCUAG